CAAAGACACCACCAUCGUAUUUUCUUGUUGAAAUCAAGCAGGAGCAAAAAUGGACAUUUCCAACGAAAAUCAAACGAGUUUUUGGACCCAUGGGCCUCGACCAGGGGCUUUCUAUGACCCUCCCGGUGGCAUGAAAACCACAAGUAGUAUUCCGGCUAAGCACACUUUAAACCCUAUGGUCACUGGAACCUCUACACUAGGUCUCAAGUUCAAUGGUGGUGUCAUACUCGCAGCAGACAUGUUGGGUUCAUAUGGAUCCCUUGCUAGGUUCAGGAACAUAUCCCGUGUGUCAAAGGUCAACGACAGCACGGUGCUGACAGGAGCAGGAGAUUACGCAGACUUCCAGUUUGUCAAAGAAGUACUUGAGCAGAAAAUUAUCAACGAUGAAUGCCUGAAUGAUGGACACAGCUUCACACCCAAAGCACUAUUCUCCUGGCUAACGAGGAUCAUGUACAACAGGAGGUCAAAGUUCAACCCUCUUUGGAACGUCAUGAUCCUCGGUGGAUUCCAGAAUGGAGAAAGCUUCCUUGGUUAUGUAGAUAAGAUCGGUGUUGCCUAUGAGUCUCCUCAUGUAGCCUGUGGUUAUGGCGCCUACAUCGCUCUGCCAAUGAUGCGUGAUGCUUAUGAGAAGAACAGCAACAUGACAGAACAGGAAGCCAGAGCUGUUAUUGAACGAUGUCUCAAGGUUCUCUUCUACAGAGAUGCUAGAUCAUUCAAUAAGUAUGAGAUUGCAGUUGUGACAGACAAAGGUGUUACCAUUGACCCUCCUGCAUCGUCACAAACCAACUGGGAUAUAGCACCUAUGGUAGAGGGAUAUGAAUGACUUCGCUUAAGCAGAGGAUCCAUCGGAUAUGUAAAUUAAAAAGUCUUUGUUAUUAUAUGAUGUACUGUAUAAUAAACCUUUUGUUGUAGUUUCCUAGUUACUGGUAAGAAAAUUUUCUUUACGUUGAACCAUUCAGAAGAUGUAAAUUUCCUAGUCGACAUUUCAUAAAUGCAUAUGUAAGAGUGAAUAUGCAUGAUAAAUACACGAUUGAAUUAUUAGCAAGACAUUGUAAGUUUCUUUCUGGGUCCCGUCUUACAAAGAGCACUGAUUGAUCUGAUCAACCACAACUAUGGACAGCCGGCAACGUCAACAUCUUAAAUGCAAAUUUUUGUUCGAAAUAUUUUCUAGAUUAUAUGAUGCAUAUUCAUCAUUAUCUUCAAGAUUCAGUGCGAUUCUCUUUGUUUUCUAAGGAGAUUGAGCAAAUUGCCUGUAGAAAAAAAUUAUGGUAUGGAUGGAUUUCCAUACAGUUGAGAUUGAUUGGAUUAAUUAAUUGUAACUCUUUGUGAGACUGGGUCCUGAUGUCCCAAAUUUAAGUUGUUUGAAAACACACAAGGGUAUGAAACAAAUAAUUUUUGAUUAACAAUUGGUUCACCUUAUUUCUGAGGCAUAAAUAUUUACAUUUUCAUAUAUGUGUUUCCGUUGCAGAUUCUUGUAUAUUUGGUACAUGAAAGGCAUCAAGCAUUUCAGAAUGAUUUCUGUUCUGCUUGCAUUCCACCAACGUUCAAAUGAAGAAACACAUUGGUAUCUUUGAUUUAUUAUUUGCAAUCAAUGGGAGGAUGUCAAUGGGCCUGCUAUCACAAAGCCUUGCAAUCAAUUUCAGGAUGACAAUGGGCCUGGUAUGACAAAGCUUUGCAACCAAUUUCAUAAGAUUGAUUUGGCAAUGGGCCUGGUAACAAUGCUUUACAUUGAAUUUCAUAAUGGCAGUGGGCCCUGUGACACAGUACUUUGCAAUCAAUUCUAGGUAGCAGUGGGCCUGUGACACAGAGGCCUUUAUUCUGAAGUCAGGUUUAACUUAGACCACAGUCUAACUCUGUACUAAAAUUAUGGGAAGCCAAGAAAUUAAAAAUUAAGUUUAUAUUUUAUAUUACUUAUGUGUAGUAUUUUGUUUUGUUUUGCUUUCAUAAUGAAGAAAAUACUUCAGUAAUCAUUCCCAGACAAUUAUGAACAAAUUGGGUGUUAUAUGAGUUAAUAAACUGAAUGUUUACUGUUAGGGAUUUAUGCUCUAAUUGGCUUUCCAUACUUAAACCACAACUUUAAACCAGAGUUUAAUUUAAACCCGACUUCAGAAUAUGGGCCAAAGCCUUGCAAUGAAUGAAUCUUCACAAGUGUUUAAAGUGUAAUACCAAGUAUGGUAUAUAUUACAGUAACUUGACGAAGAAGAAGAAUAUAUAAUGGGUUUCAUGGUAUACCAUAUAUCUUUCAUAGGAAAUUGUUGGUGCUGAAAAGGACAAUUCAAACUCGACGUUUGGACAAGUGUGUUCUUGUCGUCCUGAAAGUGACAAGUACACACAUGUUGAAACGUUGAGUUUGGAUGGUCUUUUGAGGACCAACUAUGCCCACAAAAGAUACAUGGUGUACCAUUGAACCCACUUCAUAUAUUAAAGUAAUUUUAAGAGCUGAAAAAAAUGCACAAUUACAAAAUACUCAAAUACUCGAAUUCAAAUCUGAAGAUGUGUACAUGUGGUUUAGUUGUAAGCUAAAUGAAUAAUAAAAAUGUUU